UCCCUGGUUCCGGUUCACUGGACUAUAAUUAUCUAAUUGGGAAUACCUGUGUUUACCCUACUGUCAAACCAGCUGCUGUGAAAAAGGUGCGUUGGAUCUGUUGGUGAGGAAGUAUUAGCCUCAGUACUUUGGAGCACCGCCAGCAGAUGACAUCACAGCUGAUCGACCAACCAUUAAGCUACCAGAGGCUGUCACUCACACUCAGCUCAGCACAUGAUCCACCUGUCACUGUAAACCCCGGGACGAGGCUCAACGCUCCCAAUGAGCCUCCUCCUCCACUCCCUCUUCCUCCCUCUUGUUCCUCCGUCUCUCCUUCCUUUGGAUUCAUACUUUAAGUUUUCUGUUUAAAGAUUUCAAGCGGCCAUCUUCAAUACACCUUUUACGGUUAAACACGGGAAGAAGACAGAGAAAUAAAGAGCAGCAGGGUGAGUUUUUACACUGAGACUCACACUAAGACUCCUGAGAUCAGAGACAGACGGGGGAGGCAGUGACUGUCUGUUGUGGUUCCUCUGCACACCGAGUCAGCUGCAUAGAGAAACGGCACCAUGCCGACAGUGAAGAGUAAGAAGAAGAAGCUGAAGAAGGAGGUGACGGAGGGCGAGGAGCAGGGGGAAGCCGGUCUGGAGGUGGAGAUGGAAGAAGUGACCAACAGGAGCCACUCUGACAGCAGGGACCCUUUGACCCCAGAGCCACAGGAUCCAGCACCACAGAAGAAGAAGAAGAAGAAGAAGGCGCCUACUAUCGAUCAGGACGUUGAGCACGCCGACAUGCCGAACGGUAACAUGGACGAGUCCGCGGUGGACGGAGAGGAGACGACUGUUGCUGUGACCAGAAAGACGAAGAAGAAAAGGAGGGCGAAGGCGACGGAGCACUACAGCAACGACCUUGGGGUCGAAGACGAUGACAUCGUCACAGACGCCCAGUCGCCAAUGCCCCAACGCUCGCUGUUCUCAGCCCCGCACGGACACAGCCAGCCGGUCGGCAAAGUCUUCGUGGAGAGGAACAGGCGUUUCCAGGCAGAGCGAGUUGAGCAGCUCCGACACUCAGAACUGAUGGACGACUACAUGGACCCCAGACAGAUCUGGACCACCAAAGACGUUGCUUUGAGGGUCCACAGUAGCUUCAGGGUGAUCGGUCUCUUCUCUCACGGUUUCCUGGCCGGCUACGCGGUGUGGAACAUCAUCGUCGUGUACGUGUUGGCGGGCGAGCAGAUGACCACGCUGCCCAACCUGCUGCAGCAGUAUCACCUGCUGGCGUACCCGGCCCAGUCCCUGCUGUACCUGCUGCUCGCCAUCAGCACCGUGUCCGCUUUCGACAGGGUGAACCUGGCCAAGGCCUCCAUGGCACUGAGAGGAUUCCUCACCCUGGACCCUGCUGCUCUGGCCUCCUUCUUGUAUUUUAUAGCCCUCAUCCUGUCCCUCAGUCAGCAAAUGACGAGCGAUCGCAUCAACCUCUAUCCCACAGCCAACGAGACGCUAUGGCCUCCAGGUUCGGAGCAGCAGAUCCUGCAGCCGUGGAUUGUAGUGAACCUGGUGGUGGCGCUGUUGGUGGGUCUGGCCUGGGCUGUUGUCUCCACGCGGCCGGACAUCGACUAUACAGAAGAGUUUUUGAUGACGAUGGAGGUGGAGGGAUACCCGAGAGACGAGAACGUGGACCUCCCUGCCUGAAACUAAAUCAGCUUUCUUGUUCAUUGAAUGUGUUUUUUUGUACAAUAUGUUAUUAGCACUUUGUUUUCCUGAGUGUGAUUUUGUAAAUAAAGACAUACAGUAUAUGUACAGUAGAA